AGAUAUCGCCCAUCCUUAGGAACAGCUGUCGCCGACGCUUGUAUUCCGGGAAUUCAGCAUUUUAUUUUGGAAAAAUGCAUUGCAGUCCAUAAAUUAGGACCACCAACAAAGCACACAAGCAACAAUGGAUGCAAAAUUCUUUAAACUACUUCUGCUGGGCGGAGUGGUGCGCUUCUACUUCGUGCGUACGUCUCUGGCGUCGCUUAUCAGCGACCGGGUGGAGUUUGCUACACCUUUAAAUUCCCAAAAGCGGAUGAAGGAAGGCAUCUAUCUGCUGGAUCAGGGCAUUGACCCAUAUAGUGGGGACCUGGUCCAUGAAAGCCCCCUAGUGCUAAAGGCUUUGUCUGGGCUGUUCCUAAACUUUCCCCAGUGGCUGCCAAUCUUCUACAUAGUGCUCGAUCUGUUGACGGGGGCGCUACUCUAUAAUUUGAGCGUACGCUUUGUGAAGCAAAAGCUGCAGAAGCAGCGCCUGGAGCGAAAGAACUAUGCCAAAGACACCGAACAGCUGCAGUACAACGAUGAUGACAACUAUGAUAUACCGGAGCUCGUACUGAUAGCCUAUCUCUUCAAUCCGUUAACUGUGCUUAGCUGCAUUGGCCUGACCUCGACUGUGCUGAGCAAUCUGUUUCUGGCCCUCUUCCUGUACUUCCUGACGAACGGGCUGCUGCUGCCGUGCAUAGUCCUGUUGGCAUUUGAGACUGUGCGCAGUCUAUACCCAAUUGUGCUGAUGGCUCCGCUGCUAUUGGUCUUUGCACGCCGCUCCAUAGUUGGGGGCGUCAUCCUAUCGGUUCUCUUUGCAGUUGCAUGCAUCAUUGUAGCUGCCGCCAGCUAUUUGGUGAUGCACAGCUGGACCUUCCUGGAUGGAACACUGGGAUUUAUCUUUUAUUUCCGCGAUCUCCAGCCAAAUAUUGGACUGUUUUGGUAUUUCUUUACCGAAAUGUUUGAGCAUUUCCGCACCAUGUUCCUAAUCACAUUCCAGCUGAAUGCCACAGUGCUGUACCUGGUGCCGCUCAGUCUUAAGCUGCGGAAGGAGCCAUUGCUGCUGGCCACCGUCCUGGUGGCCCUCAUGGCAGUGUUUCAGGCAUAUCCAAGCCUGGGCGAUGUGGGCUUCUACCUGGCAUUGCUGCCGCUCUGGAAACGUUGCUGGAAAUACAUGGCCCAUGGCUUUGUUGUCUUCACAUUCUUCAUGGUUACACUGUCUAUGAUGGGCGCCCUGUGGCAUUUGUGGAUCUACGCGGGAUCGGCCAAUGCCAAUUUCUAUUUUGGAGCCACGCUGGCCUUCUCGACGGGUCAGAUAUUCCUCAUCACGGAUCUGCUGUUUGCGCACGUGAAGCGGGAGUUCUGCUUGUACAACGGACAGAAGAUAAUGAUCGAUGGGGAGGAGGCGCGCAUACUCUUAAAAUAAGCCGAAAUGCUAACAAAUA